CCUUGGAUCAGUUCUUUGAAACUAAAUCCUGAUUAAACUAGCAGCAGGACUACAUCCACAGAGCUGUUCCCGGAUCAGCUAUAAACACACGCGGCUGUAGCGCGCACGUUGAUGACGUCAUUCGCCGAGAACAACAACAGCAGCCUCUUACAGGGAUCCUCAGCACAGCUUAGCUUGCUCUAAAGUGCUAACUAAUUCUCUCUAAUUAAAACGCUUUUUGAAUUAAGAGCUCAGUCAGACUAUCACAGUUGUUUGAGUUAUAUUAUUCAACUGAGCCAACUUUAGAACAGAAGAUAUUUCACAGCUAUCGCUAAAAGAUUCAGGCCGCGGUGACAAGCUAACGAGGCGCUACUAACUUACUGGCUUUGCAAGUUUGUAUAUUUUGGUUUUGAAAAAAAAUUAAACUCACGACCUAUUUCUUCCACCAGCCUCUCAGAGCAAAGUGUUACAGUGUGUUCGCCUGUAAUAUUAACUUGCCAUCCCAGAAAUAUGCUAGUAUGUUAAAGGUGCAGUCAAACGUCUCUCAGUGAGAGAGCAAGACAAAAGGAUGAUCUUAAAGAUUUAAUCAAGCACUGACAAAAUGCCUCAACGGAAGAGAGCCCUUGUUCCCGUUAACACAAGGAGAAGGGUUAAAGCUGAUGAAGAUUACUUCCCUUUCAACAACCUACCGUUGGAAUGUCAGCUCCAUGUGCUCUCAUUCCUCAGUGAGGUGGACAAAUGCAACUCUGCCCUUGUGUGUGUGAGCUGGAGCUGCUUAGUGCGCUCUGGGAAGCUCUGGAGAGUUGCAGACUAUUCCCGCCGUGGGGUGUUUCAUCUGGGCCAGGAGGGUCUUCUUGUUUCCAACAGAGAGUUUGAGCGCUGGAAGGCUUGGGUUCACCAUUACACCCAUCAUCUUCUAUCCCGUGGGGCUAGUUUGCUCACUCUCAAGGCCAGUUUUGAUCUAGGGGACCAGUGCAAUAAAUGGGGAGAGCUCCUGUUGCACCUUCUAGAGAACGUGCAUUGCCGGGAUCUCAGUUAUUUAGACUUGAACUGGACAUUUACCCUGCUCGAACCUCUUGACCUUCGUGUCCACACCAGUUCUAGUUCUCAUCAAGACAAUAUUACCAAGAUGGACCAGGUCAAUAACUUUCAGGUUCUCCUGGCCAGACUCGUCCACAGCUGUCCCAGGAUUGCCAAAAUGCGGCUGCACUUCGACUGGUCCGAAACAUCAGUUGCACUGAUCACUCAGUUUCAACACCUCCGUAUCUUAGAAUUGAAGUACUUUUGGGUAUUCAAAGGGGUCAGUCCGAACACUUUACAGACGCUGACGAAAUCGCUGCCUAAUCUAAAAUCCCUCACGCUCCAUGUUCUUGUUCCACUGCGAAAUCUAGGCAUCUCGUACACCCUUGAAUCCCUUUCGCUCGAGUUCCUAGAUGUGUCGCCCAGUCGAGGUCUGGUCUUCUCCUGCCUCAACCUCCCAGCGCUGCGAGAGCUGCGGGCGAAAAAGAUCGUUCGGGGCAUUACUCUGGACCGCCGGACUCGACUACGGAUACAGAGCCGAUGGCCCUGCUUGUAUCAGGUCUUACGGGAAGGGACACCCAAACUUCAGGCCCUUAACAAUGAAAGACUCCUUCCCAACUGGAAAGAGCAAAGUUACAGAGAGCUGACGUCUAUCCUCCAGCAGUCUUGCUACUGUCUUCAACAUUUAGACAGUUGGCUCUGGUGAAGUCGAGACUUAAACAAUUACAGGCCACACAUAACGGCCUAAAAGGACAUAGCCACAUCCUGAAGAAAAUUAUGUAGGAGAAUUAUAAAGACCAAAAUAUAAUCAGAUAACACACUUCUGCUGAUCCUCUAUAA